AACAUCUUGCAAAGCUUGCAAAAAAGGAUAAUAAACGUGGAGGAUCAUUUCAUGUGAAUGAUAAAAUUGAAUCUGAUGUAGAUAAAGAAAUUAAAAUGAAAUACAAGCUUUUAAAAUUGCUUAUUUUUUUUUUAUUAGGUCGACCUCCAAAAUCCACUUUGCCAAAAAGAGAUAAUGUAAGAGAAAUAUCCCUUCAAGCAUACGAAGCGAUCUCUGAAGAUGAAAUUGGAGAAGCUUCAACAAAUAUCUUACAAUGA